AUGAUCGAUUCAAGAAGGCGGUUUCAUUUCAGCAAUGGCAUGGACGACUUAGUGGAUAUGAAGUGGACUGUCAUCGAUUGGGAUACUCGUCGAUGGCUACAACUCAUCGGCCCUUCUGAGCUACUGGGCGGAGAUGAUAUCGAAGCGUAUAGGCAAAUCGCAGCCCGAUUCGCAGACCAGCUUGGCCCAGACCAACACACCAUAGUUGUGGAUAAGAACGGGGCCCUGGAAAAGUUCACUCGUGAAGAUAUUACUAUGGAAGUGCGAUAUCCUAAAUACACGGGGCCUAUGGACAAGAAUCAAGUUAUACGCAGGUCGGAACUUACUGAACUUGAUAGGAUCAAUAUCUGUACGGAUUUGGUGGAGUACAACUCCUCUGAUGGUGAGACGACUGGUGAACGUCUCGUUUUCAAAUAUACCAUCAUCGAUGAUAUUCUCUUGAAUCUCUGGCAGAAUCUCCAUAUACUCAAAGGAUUGCAGGGCAAUGAUCUCUUUGUCCCAUUCCACCGCAUCGUCAUCGACGAUGUGAAUGAGACAAUCCUCGGGUUCACCUCUAUAUAUAUGUCUGGUGGAACUCUCAAGGAUUACCGCGGCACUUUCUACUUCCGCUGGUUAAAGCAGAUCACCGAUGCAAUCGAUCAGUUGAAUUUACGCUACGGAAUCCUGCACCAGGACCUUGCUCCUCGGAAUAUUCUGAUUGACCCCACAACGCACGAUUUGAAGGUCUUCGACUUUGAUAUGUCGGCAAAGAUGGACGGGCAGAACGGACUGACUACUUCCAUUGACGUUAACUCCGUCAUUAUCACAGUGUAUGAGGCGUUAACAGGAGAUGAGCAAUUUGUUCGCAUACCGCCUUGGGAACGAGAUACCAGCAAUAUUGAAAAGAUGGAAGAGUGGAGCUUACAACUUCCUCUUGAAGAUGGAUUUGAUAUCUCGGAUUACAGGAAAUAUUUGAGUGAAUGGGCAGCUGUACGCAGGACCACAAAGACGAUAAAGCACUCUUCUGAAGCAACAGAGCCGUUAUCAAUACCAGAGUACCCCAAACUUGUACCAUAUCAACCACGAAACGAAUUCAGAAAUUUUGAUGUGUACACGCGAUCGAGAGCUGAGGCAGAGGAGGCCGGGGAUUAUGUUACACGUUGGGAGAGACCGGCGCAGCAUGAGUUGACUACAUCUAAUUGA